AUGACGAGCUCAGCGAUCUUCCAUCUGCCAGGCCAACCAGAUGCCUUAGAAACCGCAGUCAAGCUUUUACAGUUGCACCAGAACGACCAUCAUUAUGCAUAUGAACGCGAUGAUCAGUGGUAUAUUGGAUUAGGCCAGAGGGCUUCCUUACAAAUAAACGCCACUGGACAAGAGUUUACGGUCUUUCGCGACAACAGUCACAGCACAUGGCCGGUUGAGAAAUCAUUGCUAGACAUUGCGAGGGAUUUCGUCUCCGAAUACACCAAUUCCUGCGACGGGCGCAUAUUUGGCUAUGCUGGCUACAAUUUUGGUCCCCAUAUGCGAGGAGAAGCCUACCUGCCUGGACAAUGGCCUAUCCUUAGCUUGAUGGCUCCAGCAUUGCAGGUGGCGGUUCACAAGAGUCAUGUCAGUGUUACAGGUUAUGAUGAACAAGAAGUCCAAAAUCUCUGCCAACUGCUAUCGAGCGAUGCCUUCCGUCAAAGUCACGAUUUCAAGAUAGCUCGUCCCUUGUUCAUCGAUCUCGAUCAUAACAAAGAUGUGUGGACCAGUCAGGUCAGAAAAGCGCUGGUCUGGCUGAACAAGGGCGACUAUGAGAAGAUUACUCCAUCUCGUAGCGUCCCCCUCAACAGUAGGGUUGACCUGGUUUCCACCCUCUUCCACGGUCGUCGAGGCAAUACACCACGCAGGACAUUUUGCUUUGACUAUGAAGGUCGUGGAUCGAACAAAAAGCUCGUCAUGGAUGCGGUGGCUGGGACUCGAUCCAGCCAGGGAACGCCGGAGGAAACUGCUCGGCUACGACGGGAAUUACUUGACAACCCCAAGGAGGUAUUCGAACACAUUCUGACGACCAAGGCUGCCAUGAAGACGCUUCGGCCGCUGUGCCAGCCAGGGUCAGUCCGCGUGGAAGAGCUGGUUUCGGUGGUCAGUAGGGGACCUGUGCAGCAUCUCUACUCCAGCGUCGUGGGAGACCUGCCCUCCAACAAGGAUGCCUGGGAUGCUCUAGCACUCGCAUCACCCGGGUUCUCGCACUCCAAAUCCUCCAGGAAAAUGACCAAGGAAGAGCUCGAGGCGUUGGAAAUAUAUCCACGCGAACUUUAUAUGGGAUCUGUUCUUUUCAUUGAAGGCAAUUACUCCAUGGAAGCGGCAAAUGCCCUCCGCUCUGUCUUUCAAGAUGAGAAUCGUCAAUGGCUGCAGGCUGGUGCAGGGAUCAUCGCACACUCAACCCCCGAGCGUGAGCUAAUCGAGACCAGAGAAAAGCUGGCUAGUGUACAGCCAUAUGUGAUGGCCAAGGCCGAGUAA